AAAACCCAACGGCGUGCAGAGCCCCGGACUCAUACUGUAUAUCUGCAUAAACAUACACACACACACACACACACACACACACACACACACACUUACUUUACUACACUUUACCUGAGGGACCUCAAGAGGACCAAACAUGGAGAUACACAGCAAUGACAUUAAGAAACCAAAGUCUUCUGUACUUUGUAACAUCAAGUUCUUCGUGUUGUGCCAUGGCCUGCUCCAGCUCACUCAGCUGCUGCACACAGCGUACUUUAAGAGCACCAUCACGACCAUCGAGAGACGUUUUGGUCUUGACAGUCUGUCCUCAGGAACCAUCUCCUCCCUUCAUGAGGUGGGAAAUAUGGUACUGAUAGUGUUUGUCAGUUACCUAGGAAGUCGUGUUCAUCGCCCUCGUUUUAUUGGACUCGGAGGCAUGAUGAUGUCCAUUAGUGCCCUGAUUCUGACAUUACCUCACUUCCUGUCUCCACCAUACUCCUAUGACUCCGUCCUGAAAGAAAGCAGGCAGGACAUGUGCAGUGUCCAUGUUCUACAUGUCAACAUAUCAUCUGCUGAGGCAUGUGGUAAGCUGGACACCCACAAGUUUGUGGACAAUACAAAGCUUUGGGUACUCAUGGCCACAGCCCAAGUGAUGUUUGGAAUUGGUUCUGUCCCAGUUCAACCCUUUGGGAUCUCAUAUGUGGAUGACUUUGCUGGGCCUGGCAACUCCCCACUCUACAUUGCCAUACUCUUUGCCGUGUCCGUGUUCGGGCCUGCCUUUGGUUAUCUCCUAGGAUCUGUGGUACUGAGAAUCUAUGUGGAUGUGGACAGAGUUAAUGCAGCAGGGGCUCAGGAGUUGACCCCAGUUGACCCUCGCUGGGUUGGAGCGUGGUGGAUGGGUUUGCUGGUCUCUGCUGGGGGGAUGUUCCUCACCUCCAUCCCCUACUUUUUCUUCCCCAGGGCCAUGCAUGUAGAUAAUAGCAUUGCAAAUGAGCGUGACAUUUUGAAAGACAGCCACAAGAGUUCUGACAUCUCCAUGCUGGAGUUCCUCAAAAUGUUCCCACGCAUGUUUGUGCGGCUGUUGCUCAGUCCACUUUUCUUGCUGCUGGUUCUGACCCAGUGCUGCUUCUCCUCGGUGAUGGCCGGACUCGCCACCUUCCUCAACAAGUUUCUGGAGUGGCAAUACAGCACUUCAGCUGCUUACAGCAGUCUUCUCAUAGGUGCUGUGAAUCUGCCUUCAGCAGCCAUCGGGAUGCUGUGCGGGGGUGUCAUUAUGAAACGCUGGGGCCUAUCACUUCGAGUCAUUCCACGUUUCUCUAUAGCAUUACUCACCCUCUCCACAGUGCUGUGUGUUCCUCUGUUCUUCAUGGGCUGCUCCACUCAAAACGUCUCUGGGGUUUACCCAAACAAGGGAUCCAGUGGACUAUUUUUAUCCUGCAAUUCCAACUGCUCGUGUCCGAAGAACGUUUUCAACCCAGUGUGUGGGGAAGACAACAUUGAGUACCUUUCACCGUGCCAUGCAGGCUGCACAAGCUUUACCAAGGACCCCAAAAACAAAUUUUGGAUUCAGUCCUUCAAUAACUGCAGCUGUGUAAUGGUGGGUGCUGGUAUGGGUGGUGCACGUCCCGGACACUGUGCCAACAGCUGCCCUCACCUCCUCCUGCCCGUUAUCUUCCUCAUCUCUAUAGCAGCCUUCAUCGCCAGUUUCACACACAACCCUAUCUACAUGAUGGUGCUCAGAACAGUGCCACAGGAGGAGAAAUCUUUCGCCAUAGGAAUUCAGUUCCUACUCAUGAGAGUUCUUGUGUGGCUACCAGCUCCUGCCAUUUUUGGGAUGACUAUCGACUCCACCUGCAUUUGGUGGAAAAGAUUCUGUGAGAAAAAGCUUGGCUGUGGUUACUAUGACAACAACCUCUUUAGAAAUAGGUAUCUUGGUUUGCAGGUGAUGUUUAAACUUAUAGGCAUCGCCAUGCUGGCUCUGAUAGGCUGGAAGGUUGGAAGAACCCGAGAGUACAGUCUGGAGAAAAGGCCUGAGGGAGCACUGUGAUGCUCUAGUCCCUGUCAGCACGUUCAUUCUGUAGGAGAUACCUGUCUUCAAGAGUCCAUUCAGCAAACCAGACCAUUGACGCCUUUUAUUACACGCCACCUUCAUUCAUGGCUUUCCUGAAAGGGUGUCUCUGUAAUGCAUGGAUGGAUGUUGUCUUCCGCUUUGCACUGACUUGCAGCCAUAUCCUAUAGAUGAACCUGUCUAAAUCUGGAGAGUUUGUGCCAGUGUUCCAUCUUUUCACUUUAUGAACUGUUAGUUAAAGAUCAACAAUGUUCACGUGUUGUAAUACUAAUUCUGACAGACAUUUAAUUUUUCAUUCUUCUUCAAGAAGAUGAUUUUUUUUUUAAAGACUUUUAGGCAAUUAAAGUAUAUACUGCUGGUUGGAAUGUCCUGGUUACUCACUCAAGAAAAAGAAGAAACCUGUACCUCUGUUCAGUCUUUAUUAAGUGUACUGAAUGUAUUGUGGUGGACUCAUGAUUAAGAGGUUUCACCCUCCAGUUGGUGGAUAUGUGAAGAAUAAGUAAUGGAUCUUACAAUGUCAUAAAAAUGACACAUUUAAGUUUAUAGGUUCAUUGUCUAUAAUAGAGUUACAAUAUUUAAGAGGCCUAUAAUUGGUCAUGCAAGUAAAACAUUUAAAUGUAUUAUUAGCAUUUAUUAUAUUUUGUUAUUGAUGGAAAUGGGUGUCUUCAAUAUUUGUAAAUAUGUAUUUUUGUACAAGUUAGGAAUGUUAUAUUGCAUAACCUUAAUUUUUGUCACAAGUAAUAAAAUCCUGCGAUCACAA